CAAAACUCAGAGGGGUUUCGAGUUUUAGCGGUAAGUCAAGGAAACUUGCUCUCCUCCCGCUCAAAUCUAUAGGCUACCUGCAGCAAAAAAUAAGUUUACAUUCAAGUAAGUGUUCAAAAGUGAAUGUAGCCUAUUCUUAAAUUAUUUUAAUGCAAUUUACAUAAUUGGUCUGCAAGUUUAGUCUUCGCAAGCAAUUUGACACAAAAAACUCCAGCCAUAACAUUUCCGCAGGUAUUUUUAGGCAAAUUCAUGUGUUAUGGAUCAUUUGUAAUCUAAAUAUCUUAGUGCCUAUAAUAUUUACCAUUAUAGCCUAUACUGUCCUGACCAUGCACCUGUCUCUUGGCUAGAGAUGAACCCUGAGUCGGACUACGGCAUGUCUACGGUGAGCUGUGGGAACGGAAAGCUCCGCUCGUGGCUAAUCGAGCAGGUGGAUACCGGGAAGUACCCGGGCCUGGUCUGGGAGAACGACGACAAGUGCAUUUUCAGGAUACCAUGGAAGCACGCGGGCAAGCAGGACUACAACCGCGACGAGGAUGCCGCUCUCUUCAAGGUAGGCUACUGUAUGGUACGGGGCCUCAAAAGAAUGUCUCCAACAUUCUGCAUUUACGCACUGCAUGUGCGAGAGAUGUGUAGGCUAUUACAUUUGAGUAAUUUAGCAGACACUCUUAUCCAGAGCUACUUACAGUAGUGAGUGCAUACAUUUGAGCCACAAAAAAUAGAAAUAGUGACACGAGGAAUAAAUGCACAGUGAAUAACGAAUAACAAUAACGAGUAAAAUAACAUGGCUAUACAAGUACCAGUACCGAGUCUAUUAGCAGGGGUACGAGGUAAUUGAGGUAGCUAUGUACAUAUAAGUAGGGGAAAGUGACUAGGCAACAGGAUAGAUAAUAGACUGAGCUGUAGCUGUAGCAUCUCGUUUUCAAGUGUCCAAAUAUAUUUAAAAAAUAAUAAUACUUAGUAACAAGAAUAAUAUAGCAACUACUGUCUUGUAAUAAUAACAAUGAAAUAAUAAUAAAAAAAUAAAAACGUACAUUAACAGCUUAAACAAUCUAUUUUACAACUACUAGGCCUACAACUAAUAAAAGCUACUGCUACAACUACUAACUACAACUAAGCUUUGGGUAGGUUGAGGUGCCAAAACCAUUACGCACAGGAUUUACCUUCAACUCAUGCACAACUGCACCGGUGAUUCGUUACCCGUGUCUGACGGCUCCGUUUUCUGUGACUUUUCUGCAGGCUUGGGCGCUGUUUAAAGGCAAGUUUCGGGAGGGCAUCGACAAACCCGACCCGCCAACGUGGAAGACACGCCUGCGGUGCGCGCUCAACAAAAGUAACGACUUCGAGGAGCUCGUGCAGCGAAGUCAGCUGGACAUCUCAGACCCUUACAAAGUCUACCGGAUCAUCCCGGAGGGCGCCAAGAAGCGUCAGUUUCAGUUACUUUGCAUUUACUUGGAAAUAUUAAAAUAGUGGAAAAACCUAUAGAAAGUUAUUGAAUCAACUUUCAUAUACACUUCAUAUAUAUAAUAUGUUUUUAUUAUAUGCACCACUAUCAGAAGGAAACAGAUGGCACCCACACACUGAAUAGCCCAGCAGGUUUUGAUAGGGGCCAGUGACUUGGGUGUAAAUAAUAGAAACUAUAGAAACAUUUCAGUAUACUAGAACAUCAGGCUGCCAAACCACAAGACUGUAGUUUCAACCAUUUCCUCUCUCUGUCUGAAAUGUAAUAUUUGUUAUGAACUUUUACGAUAAAGUCUUGAUUAUUCAUGUGUAAUUACAAACUACUAUCGACUCUCUCAUAAUUUAAGAGUGCGUUGAAUGUCUGUGUGUGAUUACUCAUGUGGUGUGUGUUUAAAUUAUUACUCCUGUGUAACAGAUUUCUUGCUAUCAGGAUCCAAACAGGAGGAUAGUGGCAGCCCCCUGAGUCCUCUGAGGUACCCCACGCAGCCCUCAUACCCCGCCCUGCAGACACAGGUAAUUAUGGUCAUCUGUAAACUCUCACCUCUUGGAGGUUUUGUGUGUGGUGUGUGUGUUUACGUGUGUGUCUGUAUGUGUGUUAGUGAGUGAGAGUGAAGAUGUUGGGAGGAGAGAGAACAGCUGCAUGGAUUGGCGAGUGUGUCAUCAACAUCACAUGACGAGAUACUCAGAACCCACACUUUCAGGCAUGAACACACACAGACACACACGUACGCAUUCAGAGUGAUUAGCACACAAUGUCACAUGAGCCCAGUCUCAGUUCUACUUCCUCUUCCAUUCAUAUUAUGAAUCGUAGUUGGUGGUCCUGUGUGUAGAGGUGAUGGUUUGACUGACUGGUAUCUCUUUCUCCAUAGAUGUCGGGGUACAUGCCCAGUGCAGAGCGAGGCUGGAUGAGGGACUAUCUUCCAGAGCAGGCCUCUCUUCCUGAGCUGCCCUAUGCCCAGUGCCCCUACCCCUCACGCAGUCUAUCCUGGGCCCAAGGACCCAGCAUGGACAACGGUAGGCCUAAUACCACAGCAUAGAUCUUUACUUGUGUGAGAGAAUCUAAUGUAGGCUGUGUGGAUGUUAUGUAUCUGUAGUUAUGCAAAGUUACCCUAACUUGACAUCUGCUCAAAUAACUCACUUUUUGCGUAAGUCAUCCAUUGACCUCAAUUCAUGGUCAUCGAUUCGGGCCCAUGAUGUUUGCGUGUAUGCUUUUCUGGUGUGUUGGAAUAAGUGACUUUAUUGAGGUCCUGUUUCUCCUCUGUGUUUGCAGGGUACCAGAUCACAGGGUCCUUCUACACCUACAGCCCUACUGACGCCCAGCCCUCCCCCUUCACACUGGACACCAGCAUGAGAUCAGCAGAGACACUCUCAGGUACAGUAUACACGCACACGCUUAUUUACUUCACGUUUGACUUGAAAAUAAUAUUAAUAUUUUUGUCCACGUAAUUGCGCAUUAUAUUUAAGGCAAAUUGAUACUGUAUUCCAAGUGUUAAAUACCCUGGUUUUAUGCUGUUUCUCUUACCUGUACUCCUUCCUCCACCCCAGAUAUGCGGUUACAUGUGUCAGUGUUUUACCGGGACUCUCUGUGGAGGGAGGUGACCACCUCCAGUCCAGAGGGCUGUCGCAUCGCUCCCUGCUCCCCAGACAACAAGCUAUAUUCCCCCACUGUGGGUCCAGACCUGGUGCCUCUACCCCUGGACAGCCUCCCAGCCCUGGGGAGGGGGGAGGAGUGUCCCCCCAGCCCCCCUCGUUGUACCCUGGAGAGGGGUGUGCUGCUGUGGAUGGCCCCAGAUGGCCUCUACGCCCGGCGGCUGUGCCAGGAGAGAGUGUUCUGGGAGGGAGGGUUAUCAUCCUACAUAGACAAACCCAACAAGCUGGAGAGAGAACACACCUGUAAACUACUGCACACACAAGACUACCUCACAGGUAAGUUAACAUAAACUGCAGGCAGGCACACGCACACGCACACACACACGUAUCUCAUUCACUGGCAAACCCAACCACACUCUGUUGUCAUGCUGUUUCCUGGUCAUGGACAGGAAGCAGACACAUCCUCCUUUCCUGUAAAUAUUAUGUUGAGAUUGCCUCCAUACUCCCCACCACACACCUUUAAGAAUGGGACAUUACACACAGUCAUGUGACCUCAUCCCCGCCCACCUUGCCCUACCACAGAUGUGUUCAGCUUGAAUGGUUUAAAUUUGCAUAUAGACACAGGACUUUCCAUCCAGUCACAUGACCUCUAGUCACCACCACACCAGUUCAUAGGAAUUAAUUAACCCUUUAUCGACCCAAUAUCCCCUCCUUGCAAACUUAUUUAUCUCUACCCAACCCUACCCUCUAGAUUGAAUCCUUCUCUACUUCCCUGUCUCUCAGAGGUACAAUCUAUCUUCGCUACCUAACCAUCUCUACCACCCCUGUCUCUCUCCCUUCCUCCCUGCAGUCUCAGAGCUGCAGGGUUAUUCCCUCCACGGUCGCCCCCCUCCAUGCCGCUCCUCUGUACCUAACCUGACCACCUAGACCCUAUUAACCUCUAUUUUAUUCAUCUCUGUCUACCAGAGUUGCAGGGCUAUGCCCUCCACUGUCGGCCCCCUCCACGUCUACAGGUGCUGCUGAGCUUCGGAGACGAGUGUCUGGAUCCCCAGAGACAGAGGACCCUCACUGUACAGGUAUAUAACCAUCACCUAACAUCAACAUGACCUCUACCUGUCUUCAAUGCCCACUCUACUUUACUCACACCCCAUCACCUAAUCCUGGCCCUCUAUACACCCCCUAACCUCCAUCCAUCUCUCACAAAAUAUCAGUUUGAUUCCUUGUAUACUUCACACCCAAACUCAUACAGAGCAUUUACAGUACAGUCCCCCUAUCUCACUACCUAACCCCCUUACCACCACCACCUCUCAGUGACACCAGUAGUAAUCACUGCUGUUCCCCUCCACUCCUGCAGGUAGAGCCCAUGUUUGCCAGGCAGCUCCUGUACUACACCCAGCACCAGCAGACCAGCGGACACUACUACCGCAGCUACGACCUCCCUCUCCCUGGGGUCACGGAACACAGCAUGACCCCUGCCGUAACCGAGGACUACCAGAGGGUCAUCACACAUCACCAUAGCAACACCCUGCAGGACUGACUAAUCUGACCAUCUCUGAUCACAGUCAGACUGCGGUGCAGGACAUGGGGAAAGGAGGAGAGAGGGAGAGACAGGAAAGCCUGGGUAGAGGAGGAGAGAGUCGUUACACUGUACUCUGGAUCCCAGAUUUCCCUCAAAGCUGAAGCAGAACUAUGCCAAUCCAAGCCAAACUGAACCAAACCAAGCCAGGCUAUGGAGGAACGUACACUGGGACCACUGAAGAGACUGUAACAGAUAGUUGUAUGCUGUAGAUGUGUGUUGUAAUGGAGUCAACACCCCAAAUUCUUAUGGACCAAACUAUUUCAAUCACUCUCUGGGAGCCAUCCUUUGGCCUUAAAGACUCAAACUGACCGCCAUUUUGCAACGGAACUGACAGCUGUCGUGAUUGUAUUGACAUGCUCUAGAGUUGUGUGUUUUUGUAUGUGCAUUUUAUUGUAUGAUC